GCUGCUGCGUUAGCUUCACUGUCAUGACGUUAGCCUCUGGGAUGUUUUUCUCGGCCGAUAAGGAGUUUGAGUCCCGCGGACCGACAUCCGUGGCCCUCCCCGGUGUCUGAAGCGCAUCCGCCGUGUCCUCCGCGGGCUUUGCAUUCCUGAAGGAUUCAUCCACAACACCAAAUGAAGCUGCUGUAGGCAGAAAACCCGGCUGGGAACAGGACGACAAGCGGGAAGAGGCUGCAGAUGAAGGACGUGGUGAACCUGCCUAGCGGACACGCUGCUUCUCCUGCCGGCCCCCGCCCUCUGCCGCCCCGCCCCCGGUCCCGACUGGGCCUCUGUCCCGCCGGCGGUGGAUUGGAGCGCUCUGAUUGGCGGCUUUGCGAGGUGGUUGUUCGGUCUGGCGCCGCCUCCCCCCGGGGCCGGUGUGCGCUCCCAGCAGCCCGUGGUGCCCUGCGCCCCCACCUCCCCGUCACUGCACACCCGAGCCCAUGACCAGGGAGGAGGCGCGGUGCGUCCGCCAGGAGCCAUGUGCCUCCCUCACACCAACAACAUGGACAGCAAGCUACAGGGGGCGGGGCCAGGGGGAGGGGCUUCACUUCGACCACGAGCAGGAGGCGUUCCACUGGAGCCCUUUAUACACCAGGUGGGCGGUCACACCAGUAUGAUGCGUUACGACGACCACACGGUGUGUAAACCCCUCAUCAGCCGAGAGCAGCGCUUCUACGAGUCUCUGCCUCCAGAGAUGAAGGAGUUCACUCCAGAGUAUAAAGGUGUGGUGCUGGUGUGUUUCGAGGGCGACUCCGACGGCUACAUCAACCUGGUGGCGUACCCGUACGUGGAGAGCCACAUGGAGGGGGGGCCCGGGGAGCACGAGGAGCGCGACCCGCCCGAGAGGGAGCAGCCCCGGAGGAAGCACUCCCGCCGCAGCCUCCACCGCUCUUCCUCCUCCUCCGAGCACAAGGAGGACAGGCCGGAGAGGAGGGAGGCGCACGACGCCGACGCCCCCGAGAAUCUGGGAGAGCUGAAGAGUCCGCGGCUGGAUCCGAAGAUCCACUCGGACGUUCCCUUCCAGAUGCUGGACUGGAACAGCGGCCUGACGUCGGAGAAGAUCAGCCACAACCCCUGGAGCCUGCGCUGCCACCGCCAGCAGCUCAGCCGCAUGAGGUCCGAAUCCAAGGACCGCAAGCUCUUCAAAUUCCUGUUGUUGGAGAACGUGGUCCACCACUUCUCGUACCCGUGCAUCCUGGACCUGAAGAUGGGCACCCGGCAGCACGGCGACGACGCCUCGGAGGAGAAGGCCGCCCGGCAGAUGAAGAAAUGCGAACAGAGCACUUCGGGCACGCUGGGAGUCCGGGUGUGCGGCAUGCAGGUCUACCAGCUGGACACGGGUCACUACCUCUGCAGGAACAAGUACUACGGCCGCGGCCUGUCGAUCGAAGGCUUCCGCGAGGCGCUCUACCAGUACCUGCACAACGGCCAGGGCCUGAGGCGGGACCUCUUCGAGCCGGUGCUCAACAAGCUGCGCAGCCUGAAGGCGGUGCUGGAGCGGCAGGCGUCGUACCGCUUCUACUCGUCCUCGCUGCUCAUCAUCUACGAGGGAAAGGAACCUGAUCCCCCCUCGGGCCUGGGGUCCUGGCAGCAGAAGACCCCCGGGGGCCCCGCGGAGCCCCCCCGCGCCCCGUCGCCCCCCGACGCCCUCUGUAAAACGGACACGAGCCACAGCCUGAGCCCGGGCUCUGUGAUGGCUCCGCCCUCCCCCUCCCCCCGCCCCCCACCCACACAAGCCCCGCCCACAGCGUCAGACUGCCGCCCCCCCUCGCGUUCAGACUCCCCCUCCCCGGCUCCCAGUUUAGCGCCCGCCCCCCCUGCCGCCCCGCCCCAGCAGCCCCCCCUGGUGGACGUUCGUAUGAUCGACUUCGCCCACUCCACCUUCAAGGGUUUCCGUGGCGACACGGCGGUUCACGACGGGCCCGACCGGGGCUACGUCUUCGGACUGGAGAGCCUGGUCCAGAUCCUGGAGAGCCUGCGGGACGACAACCUGCCAUAGAGGCCGCACACACACACACACACACACACACACACACACACACACACACUCAGUUUGCACAUCUGUCGCUGUGAGGACCUUCAUUCAAAUGAAAACAUGAAUCUCGCUUCAGUUUUGACAGCAGAACGAAGGAUGAGAGCAAAUCAUACAUUUAAACCAAAGCGUGAAUCGUCUCCAGAAGUAGAUUUAAACAUUUUCCAGUCAGUCCUGACUCCAGGAAGAGUUCCUCUGUUCAGAUCUGGUAGAAGAACGUCAGGAUCCACAGACUCUGACAGAUUAUCACCGAAACACAAACAAUAAAACACUGCAGCAGGUCAGCGCAGUGGGAAACUACAGCCUCUAUUCCAGCUUUAAGUUUCACUGAAAGACUCGGCUCACAUCGGUCCUCACACAGACAGAAACACACACUCUCUCACACACUCUCACACACACUCUCACUCACUCACACAGACACUUCCUGGGAACAGUUGUCCACGGAGCUGUGUGACCAAUCAGCCGCCUCCCAGGGAACGCCCACUCUCACUUUGCUCCCUCCCCCCGAUCACUCCUCACCCCUCCCUCCCCAGUCCUCAACCCCCCCCCCCCUUCUCUACAGAAACCAAACCUGUACAGGUGAACAGACUCGGCACACACACACACACACAUGCACACACACCCCCAUCGAUCAUCUGCUGAAGCAAUAGUUGGCCACCAGACGAAGACGACGACGACUCGUUUUGUUUGUUUUUCGUUCCAGUUUUGUUUGGUUUCCCCUUCAGGGAGGGAGAGGAGGUGCAGCAGAAACGGUAGACGUAGGUUUCUUGGAGAGAUUAUCGAUAAACUGUCCUGUCCAUAAAAAAAAAAGGAGAACUUGUCAGUAGUGGGUGUCCUGUGAACUUAUCGUGUAACAUCGGAAGCAUCAGUGUCCCAGAUCUGCUGAGGAGACACUCAGAUUUAUACCAUCGUCAUCAUCAUUAUUACUGUCGGCAAAUCUCACAAAAGGACCACGCUUUGUGUGACACAUCGGUGGUGUCCAAUCUGAGGUCUGGAACCCCCUUUUAGGGACGCCGGAGACCAGAGGGUGGGCCGAGGCUUUUCCUGCUCUGAGAGAAGCAGAAGAAUGACGGUUAGACCCGUUCAGCAGUGUUUCACAGAUCGGAGGGUCUGCAGCGUCUCUCCAAGCGAAUCUGUUCAAUCCUAUUUAAAAAAAACGCUGAAGUUUCACUUUCAGGACGACUGAUCAGUGUGACAUGUUAGCACGAACGCCGUUUUUACUCAAGUUACUCAAAACGCUCCAACACAGGAAAGAAGCUAAAUACAUGUGAGUUUUUCUCCUCUGUAAGAAAGUCGGAUCUCAUGUCUUCACACUUCGAAACCAGUCAGCAGUGUUUUUAAAGUUACUGAACAUUAGUAACUGCUCAGAGUUGCUUCUUUAAGAAGCAGUCAGGUUAUUUUUUACUAAGUAUUAAAGACGGGAAGUAACUAUUGCUUUACUUUUCAUGUGCAGAGUUGGUCUGGAGUUGCAUCACUCAGAGGGAGGAAGAUGCUCUAUAAUCCCCAUGUUAUGAACAGGGGUUGAGUGAAAUGGCAACAGCUGGAUCAGAACAGAGAGACAGCGGCUCUACAACCAGGUUAACCUCAGUAACUGUGGCGUUGGUGUAGCUUCACUCAGUGUUACUCAGCGCAGCCGCCUUGGUUUGGCUUGUUUCAAAAAUCAAAAGGUUCUUCAUGAAAAGUCUCCAAAAAAAGCUCAAGCGCAGCGCCGUCCUUCUGUGGGAUUGGUUGACAUUUAGGAAUAUGUGAUCGAGGCCUGGGUGAUACAGCUAGAGGAAAUUUAAUGAGAGGACUAUUUUUCUUAUCUGUCAAUAUUAUAUGUAUAAAUGUGCAAAAUCUCACCAAAACGUGACAUUUAUGUGCACUAAACUGCUAUUUUUCCACACAUUAUUGUUUUUUUAAAUGAUAUUUUAUUGAAAUGUAACAAAAAAAAGACGUUUAAAUGUGGAGUUAUCACCCAGUCCUGCCUGAAAAAGAGAAAGACUUUAUAGAUCUAUGGAGAUAUUAGUGAAUAUAGAUGUAUUUAUGUAGAAAAGGUCCUGUGACUGUCAGCAGAAUUGGUCCCAACGUCUCCAUUCGUGUCCUCUGAUUGGCUCCAGCGCUGAGGGUGGCGACCAAUCAGAACUCUCUAUUUAUGCUUCCUCCACCUGAGGCUGGCGGUGAGGCCGCGGCGCCCCCUGCAGGACAGCAGCAGGAACCGACCCCAAGCAGAGCAAAUAUGAAUAUUUUAUUUUUUGGUUUAUGGAGGUGAUAAUUUAUUUUUUUAUCGUACCUUUUGCCCGCAGCGUUGUGGGUGAAUGUUUUUGUCUUUUACAUGUGUCCCGCCCCCCUCUCAAUGUACAAAAUGUAAAGAACUGAUCAGCGACGGGGCGUGCGACCCGUCGGGAGCAGAAGCAGUAUUAUUCUCUCUUUAUUACCGUCACGUUGGUUUGAGUUGCCUCCAGUCGUAGCUGCUGUCCCACCGAGGCCUCCUUUAGUCCCGGGUUUGUUUUCACCUCACAUUUAAAGCAGCCUGAAGAAGCGCAUGCACGUGGACGUCCCUCCCGUCUCCGUCUGUCUGUCGUCUCCGAGCAGCCACGGUCCAGCGUGUCCUCCAUCAUGGAUGUUUUAGCCUCAGUGAUUGAUCGGACUUAUUUAGCAGCAUUUUCUGCGUCUGGCAUCAUCCUGACUGUUUGUUAGAAAAAGUGAAAGUAAGUGAGAUUAAAUCUUUCCAGAAG